CAAUCACAGCACCUUUAGCCGAGUGACUGCUAAAACGGGCCACCAUCAACGACCGACGCCGUAACAACCUCAAGACUCGAAAAAAGUGUCGAGACUACUAAAGCCGCCGGACAUUUUGGGGGAAGCGAUUUGGCAUACCUUUUUUUUAAACCGUUGUUAUUACAACUAGUUACGUUUGGCGAAGAAACUAGUUGGAACACACGUCGCCAAGCCUUCGCUCAUUCGCUUUCACCAAAGAACGGUCCAUCCAUUGAAGAUAUGACGGAAAGUACUAAGAGAAAAGAAGCCCCAUCGGGAUCAGCAGGUGCCCAGCACGACAAGAAAAAAAAGACAGGUAACUCUGGGAAAUGGAGGACACCGCAUCACCAGGCCAAAGCUUCUCUACCAAACGAUAGCGGCUUCCAGCCAGGAGACACGGGAAUAUGGGUGACAUGCGCUAGACACCAAGAAGCCAGAGCCGCCAGAGAAGUUAGCAUGUUGUUCGCCGAGUACGCCGAAAAGCUGUACGGAAUCAAGGAAAAGGACUUCGUCGGCUCGGAAGACGAGGACUCCCAGGACAUCGAAGCUGCAAUCCAAAAGGAAAUCGCAGCCUUGAACUCCAAGGGCGAGUAUGAUAGCGCCGCCAUAUUCACACCCAUGAAGAUGGGCGUCGACUGUCUUGUUUUCUUCAAGACCAGGGCGCCGAUUGAACCGGUCGAGUUUGUGAGGCGUAUUUGCGUCGAUGCGAAAGCCUGUGCCGAUCCCAGGCAACUUAGGUGCCGCUACGUGAACCGGCUCACACCGUCGACCGUUAUGGGCAAAGCAACCGAACAGGGGAUCGUCGAGUUGGCCAAGAAGGCGCUCGCGCCAUUCUUCGACUUGGGUGGUAAGCGUGCUACCCGUGCCGAGCCCCGCACGGAAUCCGCUGCAGACGCAGUUUCGGAACAGAAACAGGAGGGAGAUAGUGGGCGGGCCCUUGCUGGUGCUGCCGACGCCAUUACGGAUGGACCAAGUGAGAGUAUCGAAGUUCCUGCUUCAGAAGGAGAAGCCGCCAACCAACAACAAAAAGAGGCCGACCAGGCCUUCACCUUCGCCAUCCGUCCCACUGUCCGCAACCAUAGCAAGUUGAAGCGGGAUUUUGUUAUCAAUGAGAUUGCGGGUCUCAUCAAUGAUGACCGCCACAAGGUCAACUUGAAGGCGCCGGACAAGGUGAUUUUGGUUGACCUUUACCAGUCCACCUGCGGGAUCAGUGUCGUUGACGGCGACUGGGAUGAUCUCAAGCGGUACAAUCUCACCGAGCUGUAUAGCCAAGCUGUCAAGAACAAUGGAUGAUACAAUUUUGCUCGAGUCAAAUCUCGACGGGAGUGUACUUAGGAAACCCGCGAGGAGAGCGAGGACCGGAUAGGGAAUUGGGCCUCAGCGACGGGCAGCAUUCAAUAUUGCGGGCAUCUGGUCAGCCAUAAACAGUACUGAUAGUGCACAUUGGUAGUAUAUGUAAUGUACAACGGUUGAAGCAUGGCGGUUCGCUGAAGAGCGAGGUGCAGCUGUGCAGCUGCCAAGGGGGGACGGCGCUAAGCCCUAUUCCAGAUAAAUUUGACGAGUGUGCCGACCACGGUCCCCUGUCUUGGUCCGUGAGGCCCUGGCUCGACAUCGCGGCUCAGUUGGAGCGGCGUCGGGCCGCCUAAAUAAAACUUCAACCGUCAAUAGUUCGCUGCUACGGUGCCUGUAAAAG